CCAGAUGUCUUUUGAGGAAGACCCUUGCAAUAUUGACGCAGAGGCGUCCGUUACAGAAAAAUUUAGGGCAUCUGUUACCAAGUUCACAUUCUCAACUCCAUGUCAACCACAGGUCAAUCCAGCAGCCACUACGGUCGAUAGUUCCGAGCUACCAACCUUGCGACGUUCCUCCAGAGUCAAGGCCGUGACAUCUCGGAAGCUAGAAAUUAAGCGCGAUGUCGAUGCUUUGAUUUCAACAUCACCUGCAAAGCGCAAACGCAAGGCACCUGACGCAAGUCUGUCCAAAAAUUCCAUCAAGAAGCACAAGCGAGGAUAUGCCCCACCGGAAACGUAUGCCCAUCUUUCACCCCUCACAGAUUGUCUGGCCUACGGACUCGAUGUCGUUUUCUGUGGAAUCAAUCCAGGUCGUAUGUCCGCCCAGAGAGGACACCACUUCGCGCACCCGUCAAACCAUUUUUGGAAAUGUCUUCACCAAUCUGGGUUUACAUCUAGGUUGCUGCCACCCUCGGAGGAUUCUUCCUUACCAACAACGUUCAAAAUAGGUUUGACUGAUCUAGUUGACAGACCGUCCAAGGAGGCAUCAGAGCUAUCCUCUUCCGAGCGUGCCUCGUCUGUACCUGUCCUACUCAGCAAGCUUGCACUCCACCGCCCAAGAUUUCUCUGUCUCGUCGGCAUAUCUAACUGGGAGAUAGUCGAAGAGGCCCUUUUGCAGAUGUCGACUGGACCAUCCAAGGCCUCUGUACCACCAAAAGCAUCGAAAACAUCAAAGACAUCAAGAGCAUCACAGGCGUCGCCCAAGAACAAUAUUGGAUUACAGCCAUUCAAACUAUGCUAUUCAGCUAUUGCUGGUCCCGCCAGCGAUAACUCAGCGAACAUAAGCGAAACAUUAAUAUUCGUGGUUCCUAGCACGUCGGGCCUUGUGGUACAAUAUCAGCUCCCUGCUAAAGUCAAGCUCUUUGCUCAGCUGAAGAGCUUGGUUGAUCAGCCACCAUCGGAAUUGGAUACAUCGGAAAUGAAACGUAUCACCGUACCGCACGAUCCAUAAUCUAUGAAAGACAUUUCUCGAGGCAUCCGAUCAUCACCGUGUGCACUUUCCUUAUUUCCAGAGCAAAUCAGCACUUACUACGAUAGAUUGCAUAUAUUUGGCCUCAUUUUACAGCCCUGACGGGUACCCAUGGACCCAUAUAUAUCUGCACAAUAUUAUCCUCGAAAUUUCAUUACUUUGCCAGUGUCGUGAU